CGCUUUUAAUUCGACGUCUACAGUGAACCUGCUACAUGUGACAACAUGACAAGUUUGAAAAAGUUUCGCUUUCGGAAGGACUGAAAUGAUUCAGUUACUUCUGUCUCUGCAGAUCGUCUGCCUUCGUUAAGGUUCUUUAAGUUCCAUCAUGUUGCUUCAUGUUCUGCUCCUCCUUCAUGCAUCAGGAGCUUCUUCAUCCAUCUCAUGUUAUAAUGAUGAGGGGAAACCUGUUGACUGGUUUUACUUGUAUAAACUCCCACACCUGCAUCAUUCCCCCAUGCAGGAGGGGCUGAAGUAUCUUUUCAUGGAUGGAGAGAGCGAGGGAUGGAUGGACGGGAAGACUUUAGUCAAUGACAGUCAAAGUAGUGUUGGUAGAACAGUAGGGCCUUUAUAUGAGGGCGGUGAUGUUGGAUACAUUAUGUAUAAUGACCAGCCACCAAAACAGAAGACUUUCGAAGGUGCAAGCAGGAUUUGUGGCCACACCAAAGGGGUUGUUGUCUUUGAUAAGCAGCAGGGCUUCUGGUUGGUCCACAGCACACCUCAUUUCCCCCCUCCUAAAUCAGCUGGCCAGUUCUCAUACCCCAGUUCUGGCAUAAGUAAUGGACAGAACUUCAUCUGUGUCACAUAUCCUUUUGAGCGCUUUCAGACCAUAGGUGAGCAGUUAAAGAUCAAUCAGCCUCACAUAUACGACUGCAGCAUCCCUGCGUCCCUGGCGGCUGCUGUUCCUGCUAUGGCUCAGCUCUGUAAACACACACUGGGCAGAUGGGACAACACUUCCUCCCCCUCCCCAUCCAAUCGCAGUAUAUCACUCCUCUCAUUGGCUGGAACGGAGUUCAUUAGCUUUGCAAAAGGUGCAUCCUUUGCCAAUGACCUGUAUCACUCUUGGGUGGCACCUGCGCUACAGUCCGACCUGCUGGUUCAGUUCUGGCGUCGCUCCACAGGCCUCCUGCCCUCUAACUGCUCUGACAGCUGGAAAGUCCUCAACGUAGAUCUCAUUUCCCCAGCCAAGAGCGUCACGUUCAAGGCCACAGAGGACCACUCGAAGUGGGCGGUCAGUCCCAGCAGCAGCCGCACUGGAAGUGGGACGUCGGGCGGCUGGGUCUGCGUAGGAGACAUCAACCGUGACGAGGCGGAGGAAAGGAGAGGUGGGGGAACGGUGUGCCGCCAAGAUGCUGUGGUGUGGAAGGCCUAUCGCUCGGCCGCCUUGCAGUGCGAGACCUGCGGCGGAGAAGUGCAGACAUGCGAAAAGGCCGCACAGUAAUACUGAUGCAGUUGAGCACAGCAGAAAUCAGGGUAUUGCAGAACGGCUGCAGGUGUAGGUGUCAAACAGGUAUGAUUCAGGUCAAAUGCUUUUUCUAUUGCACGUAGCAAUAUGCAGGGCUAUUCAGAUAAAUGCAAAAAGACUGUACAUUUUAAUCCGGCUAUACAUUUUAUUUGAAUGCGGUACAGUUUUAUGUGUUUUUAAAUUCUGUGUAUAUAUACUGUAUAAAUAUUUGCUUGGGCUAUGAUCAAAUGCAUUUUUUAAAUACAUAAGAAACAUUGGAUAUUAGAUGGUGAAGUGUUUAAUUAAAAGCAUUAAAAGCUUUCAGCAUUAAAACUAAAAUGCAAAAGUAAUAUAUUUUCUAGCAAACUUCUGUUGUUACAAAAAAUGGGUAGCCAAAUCCCUAACUCUCACCAUUGGUUGAGACGAUGUUACAAUUUUCUAUUUGGUGCUUCUAGUGGCGUAGAAUUAUUAAGCACAUCACCUCAGACCUCCAGAAGUGCAUUAUGAGAAUUGGAUUGAGAUGUGUCUAGUAGAGAUGUUUUUAAUCACACAAAUAUUGUUGUUGCAUUAAAUUGAAGAAAAUAAAAGCACCGUAUGAGACUUUAACUACAUUUUCACUGCUUUAGCUUUUCACAAAUUAUAAUAAAAUAUUCUAUAUAACUAAUAAGGGGGAAAUAUUUUGUAUAAUGAAGAAAUGUGCUGAUUUGCUGCUCAAGAAGCAUUUUUAUUAUUAUUUUGAAGUUGUUCUGUUUAAUAUUUUAUGGAAAUGGUGAUAAUUUUAUUCAGCUUAUAAAGUUCAAAAGAACAGCAUUUAUUUUAAAUGGAAAUCUUAUAAUUGAGACAUUAAAAAUGUAUUUAAUGUAUUUGUUUAAUCAAUUUAAUGAUUUUUUGCUGAAUUAAAAGAAAGAAAAAAAA